AUGCCUGUCAUUUUAACGCAAAAUAUUGCUACUGAAUUAGGUCUUAUCAAUGGCAUAAAUGGAGUAUCUCGACAAUUAGUAUAUCACGAAGAUUGGGUAUUGACGCAAAAUUUAUUGGAAAUGUUUCCCAACAAUACAAAAUAUAUUCGUCGACCGAUAUAUGCUUUAAUUGAAAUAACUAAAUCCAAGAUUGAAUGUAAACUACAAGAUCUUGAAUCAAAACUUAUUCCAAUCCCAUUAGUUGAACAAACAUUUCGUAUCGAUGUUGCCGAUAUUCUUCCAAAAGACAAGAAACCAAAACCAAAUCAAAAGACAACCUUAUCUAUUAAAACGAGCUGCGUUACCACUUGUGCCUGCUUAUUGCAUUACAACGCAUAA